UUCUCUUGUGUUGGGAGCACAGAGAGCCUUUCCAUCAUGAGCUUCACUGGAAAGUACGAACUCCAGUCCCAGGAAAAUUUUGAGCCUUUUAUGAAAGCCCUCGGGCUUCCUGAUGACCAGAUCCAGAAGGGCAAGGACAUCAAGAGCAUCUCAGAAAUUGUGCAGGAUGGGAAAAAGUUCAAGGUUACCGUGACCACUGGCUCCAAAGUGCUGCACAACGAGUUCACCGUCGGGGAGGAGUGCGAGAUGGAGUUGCUGACGGGAGAGAAGGUCAAGGCUGUUGUUCAGCUGGAGGGUAACAAACUGGUUGCAACCCUGAAAGGGCUGACAUCCGUCACUGAACUCAACGGAGACACCAUCACCAACACUCUGACCAUGGGAGACCUCACCUACAAGAGAAUCAGCAAGAGAAUCUAGAGGCCCUGUACACGCCAAUUAUUUUACUGUGUAAAAUGUGUCCAUUAAAGUAAAAUUUAUAUUAAAGGCUUCUUCAUUACAAUCAUCAACCUCCUCUCCUUUUUUAUA